AUGUCAGGUUGGCACAGCCUUUCCGGUUAUUUGCACUUCAAACCUGGAGGAGCUUUCCAAAAACUGAAAGCCAAAAAGAGGCUUUGGUUUAUUUUUGAGGAAAGCCGUGGACAACUGUUAUGCUAUAGAAAUGAGGCUGAUUCUCAAUCUGCUACUCCCAUAGACAGCUUGGAUAUUAAAGAUGCAGCCAUAAUGCUUGACCUAGAGCAACAAAACCAGUUCAUCAUCAUGUGUAAAGGUAAAGACUAUAUAUUUCGAGCAGAGAACCAUGAGUCUAUGAUGAUUUGGUUGCUUGGGCUCCAGGCCAAACAAGAAAUAUAUUCUUGUGUUUGUUGUGCUGAGAACAAGUCAGAACUUUAUGAAACUGCAGAAACUUACAAUCGGGAGAAACUGUAUCAAAGGGGAAUAAUUCAAUGUGUUACCAACAAGGUAAAACCUUCAAUCAAGAGCAUUUCUGAAGUUCCUAACUCUGUUUCUGAAUCUGGCCAAAUAAGAACAACUUACGGGAAAAAAUUAUUACGUGUGAGAUCUCUACCACCCUUACUUGAAGGUGAAAUUGAAGCCCCAGCUCUUGUGAUGAAGUCAAAUGUCUACAAUACAAACUCUGUGGAAACCAAUUCCAAAAUUCCUUCUCAAACUUUAGGUGGAAAGGUCAGAAGCAAUUCAUUUGAUCAGGAUGAAGGUGAUGCAUAUUCAGAUGCUGGAGAUGAGAUGCCACCUGCUGUAGGUAGAGGAAGAUCAGGAAAACGUAAUUCUGUAACUGGGGAAUCAAUCAGAAUUGUUACUGCAUCUAUAAACUCAAGACACAGCUGCCUGAAGAAACCUAUAAGAGAAACCUUACAUACAAGUUUUAAGUCCGAGCCCUCUCUUCGUGAACGUGAUCUUGAAGAUGAACUCAUAGAGAGCAAAUGUGAAAUGGCUAAAGUGUUAAAUACCUUAACUGGAUACCAGGAGGCACUCAGUCGUAAAGAUUUGGUUAUUCUCAGACUGGACCAAAAGUUGGAAGAACUUGAGCUUAACGUCCACCAUAACAAUGCUGAAAGCAGGAAGCUGAAAGAAUUCCAGGAACAUGUCCGUAUUUUGCAAAACAAGAAUCGCUUUUUGAAUAAAGAAGUUAAAAGAUUAGCAGUCUCACGACGCCAAGAGCAGAUGAAAUUCACAGACCAAUAUGAAGAAACCAAACUUCUGGAAUCUGAAGUUGAAUCUUGGAAACGAGAUUAUGUUAUUCUUGUUCAAUCCAGUCUGCAUUUCCCAAACAAUGAAUGUACUGAGGAACCCAAGUUUGUCUUCUAUGGCAGUAACCAUCAUAAGGAAAAAGUAUGUGAACUUUUAGAAGAGGCCAGAAAAAUUAAUCCUGGUUUGCCAUUGUUUGAAAGCCUGAUAAACCAACAAGUCCAUGUUGACAGUUAUGGCUUCAAGCAUAUGCACACAAAUGAAGAUAUGGUAGUGCAUUACAUCUGCCAACAACUUACUCUACAUUACUCAAUGCAAUUAGAGAGUUAUGAGAAUCGCCAAUUGCAGUUCAAAUAUUUCUGUCAAGAUCUGAACAGCACAGCUGAUGAAACCUGGAAAAGCAAACGGCAGAUGAAAGUUUUGAAGGUUUUGUGCAGAAAGGGAAUACCAGAUCAAUUCAGAAAAAAGAUAUGGUGUUUCUUAAUCAACAAAAGAGUUGAAGAUUUAAUGAUGGAAAAAGGAUCUCAUUAUUUCAGCAACCUCAUCAAUAUCCAAGCUGAUUGUAAUUCUGCUGCAAAGUAUCGACGGCAGAUAUUUGUGGAUUUGUUACGAACAAUGCCAAACAAUGUGAAAUUUUCGACUGCUGGAUCAAAAGGAAUAAUGGAUCUUCGGGAUGUGCUGCUGGCCUACUGUGUACACAACCCAACAAUUGGAUAUUGCCAAGGAAUGAACUUUUUUGCAGCAAUGUGUUUGCUCUUUCUAAACACAGAGGAUACAUUUUGGGCUUUAGUGGCUAUUACAGAGUGUUAUUUCCCAGAACAUUAUUUUGAUUACAACUUGAUUGGAGCCCAAGCUGAUCAAGCUCUCUUGAAAGAUGUAUUGAAGGAAACCUUACCAAAAUUAUCUGCCCAUCUGGAAAAUAAUGAUAUUGAAUUGUCAACAAUCACUCUUACUUGGUUCAUGUCUAUUUUCUUUGAUUCUGUACCCUUCCAGGUAAGUCAUUUUAUCUAUCUAUCUAUCUAUAUAUAA